UCCCAUCGUCACUGGCAUGGUUGCUUGCUGGCUUUUGUUGCCACGCCAUUGUCGAUUCUGUUCUUCCUCCUCCUCCUCCUCUUCUUUAUUCAUCUCCGAAACUGCCGUCUCGCCUCUCCCGACCUCAACAAUAUCACUAGCACAAUGAACUCGCCAAAACGUAUCGCCGACUACUUCUUCAUAGUCGGCCUCAGAGACGAUACCAGCCUAUACCCCCCAGACACUUAUGAAGAACACCAAGCAGAUGCUACAACAGAGUUGGACGAGGAAGGGGCAGACAACGUCAAUAUGGCGCGGACUGCAGUAGUAAACGCAGGAAGCACAAGUCCACGCCAAAGUACAGAGCAACACCAGGGACAACAACAGCAAGGGCAGCCAGGACAGCCUCCACGACCAAUUGAUCCCAGGCAUCUCCGCCCAGGUCUAACCAGCACACCAGUGGGCCAGCGUCGGCUCUCUUAUGCUGCAAUUGCUGCCUCCAACAUUGCCAGCCCAAAGUCCCCCUCGAAUUCUACCACCACCAUAGUACCCUCGCCCCUCUCCAAUUUCUCCACUACCAGACCAUCCAACAGAGCACGUUCACAAACAAUGACAGUUAUACCCGUCUUUGACCAACAAGAACCGGAGACUUUGGCGCAGCGAAGUCCUCAGCCUGUACGUUCUGUACGACCUGCUCGGCGGUUGAGUACAGCAUCGAUGGUUGGACCACCUCGACGGACAGUGACACUGAAUAAUGUCAACAAUCCAGGAGGCGCCUUACUACAACAUAGGCCGAGCUAUCGAUAUGUAUCAGCGGGAACGCUCUACAAAUGCGUGCAGGAAGGCAUUGAGCACGAUAAGAGUAUAGAGGGAAUGCAGGAGAACAUCGAACAACGCUCAAUGGAGAACCAAAUAAAAAAAGAACAAAAUGGACUUGUGUCUACACCAGCAAACAAUGAUAAAGCGACAACAACCACGCAGGAAACUAAAGGUGCUGCAGUUGGAAAGAAUGGAAACAUGAUCAGGAACCGGACCAAGCUGUCAGUCAAUGGUGAAAAACCUCCGGUACCACCAGACCACCGAGAAACCAAACCGGAGCAGCUCAAUGUUCAUCCUGCAGAGAGGGCGUUCACACCGGUUGUCACCUGUCGGUACCCAGAGACGAACUGGAAAGACGCAGAACCAUUCCCGACAUUUUUGCCCAUGUUUUGCUUUCCAGCAGACCUAUCGUUCAAAUUUUCAGAUGAGAAACCGCCAACAACAUAUCAUUCGUUUGUGCUGACCCAAGAAACUGGAGGGCGGUCCUACGCCAUGUGCGUGACAAUGUAUGAACGACCACCACGCCGAAUGCAUCAUCAGUUUGAGAACAUUUGUCAGCGCUGGACCCGGAGUAAAAUGUCUGAAAGCGAGAUCGAAUACGCUCGAGCCAUCAAAAUCAAAAUCGCACGGGAACGAGAGCUGCUGAAAGGCCUUCAGAUCCAGCUCAGAGAAGAAAGGACACUGGGUCGAAGAGCGAGACAAGCGCAGCUACAGCGAGAGGUUUCAGACUCUGAGGAGAAGCUAAGCCUGCUGCAUGAUCAGAUGAAGCCUUGGAAAGGCCUCUUCAUCGAAGCUGAGGACGCAUGGAUACCUCGGUGCAUAGGAGUCGUGAGCACCGUACCGUAUCACUAUCUCUUGCGCGAUUGGCUUCUAGCCGUUGUUGUCGCAUGUGCUGGAGGAGUGGAACAUCCAGGGCUGAGUGUUAGCUCGCUUCGGUUGGAAAGCUAUGUCAAGAAUUUGAUCCACGAGGUUAACUUGCCGCCUUUCGGAAAGCUCGAGGUCGGGAUUACAAUCAACAAUCGAGUCAUCUAUGCAUCGCGGCCUGCGCUAAACAGCGUACCCAUCGUUAAAAACUUUUCGCUCUUCCCACUUUUCAGGUGUCUCACCGCAGAGGAUAUCGUCACUGUGUUGGAGGUUAUUCUCUCGGAAGGAAGGGUAGUAUUCCUGUCAUCUUACUUGGGAAUGUUGACACUAGCCAGCGAGAGUUUCCUUUACCUCUUGUUCCCGCUGUACUGGCAAGGCGUCUACAUUCCUAUACUUCCCUCCGCACUCAUGACAUGUCUUCAGGCGCCAGUACCAUACAUUAUUGGAGUGGAGCGCCGUACUCGUGAUUCCGACUUUCCGCCGGAGGACGCAUGCGUUGUUGAUCUGGACAAGGGCACAGUCGAGGUUCAGUUGGCGCCAGUUCAACUCCCAUCUCGUCAGAGACGGAAACUCAUUCAGUCGCUGGAACAGUAUGCACCAGCAUCCGCCAUCAAGCGCCCAGCAACAAGCGCCAACUUAGUCCUCGGACCACCGGCGUAUGUUAAGGAGGCAUUCCCCCACUCACGACUGACGUUGUUCUGUGGUGUUUCCCGGGCGCCGAGAUGGAGCAGACGUGGCGAGCCUACGCGACCAGUUUCUAUGAAUGGAGUCUUAAAUGGCAGUUCGACUUCAAUCCAUCAUCGCAGUUCAAUGGAUUCUCGCAGCAAUGGAAUGACUGGUGAAGGCGGCAGAGCGUCAAUGUCAGACACUUUAUCCCUAAAAUCUGUAACACAGAGUCCUCAGCAACCGCUAUAUUCAAAGGUGGUCGGAGGUAUGGCGAGGUCUGCUUCAGAUGGCAUCCUGGAUAAGAACCAGGAGUUGGAGAGGAAUGAUGUGCCAAUGACCAAGGAUACACUUAAUCGUGCCGAAUCGAUGAAAGAGACCUCGCCCCUCUCACAACAUAGUGCCUCUGAAUCGUUUAGGUCGGUGUCGCGCAAGGUCCUCUCACCAACAAGGGCCCGCUCGAGCAUGUUUGAGGGUUCCAGGAAACAUGAAGGCGCCAAUAACCACCAAUCUUCAGCAGGAAUGCUACCGGCUCAUCCUGGAAUCGACCGACAGAAUAGCGGCCACAGUAUGAAUAUGAGCUCGAUCGCCGGUACUGGAUACGAUGGUCCGGGACUAAGGCAUCGUGCGUCAUUUGCUUCGAUCGACUCCUCGAGCUCCAGUGUUCUUUCAAAGUCACCUGUAUCCACUAUCACGUCCAAUACAAUGGUCAGCAUCAAUGGGCCUUCUUCAGCAUCAACCACAGCCAUCGCGAUGAGUUCGGAUGAUGACGGCGGCAACGACACAGAGAAGAUUCCGACCACAACCAUCGAAGGACAUGCAUUGUCGUCUGUGUCGACCCCAGUACCGAUGUCUCUUCUUAACUGUCGUUGCGGGAUCUGUUCGAGAAGUCUUGCACCCCAGAACGCCGUCUACCGCUGCGAAGGAUGUUCUCUUUAUGUACACGCGGGAUGUAUCGAAGAGCUACUAUAUCCAUGUGUCCCUCGAGGAUUCGAUGAGUCGGGUGUUUGCUGGAGCGUGCUGCAGAUGUGGGCUGGUCUUAUGAAGGGCUAUCGAUCGGGCAUCGUGGCUAGUGUGCCCAUGAACCACCAAUCGAAUCAUCAGCAUAAUCAUCAGCAACAGCAGUUCCAUGCACCAAACCGCAGCCCUCGCAGACACAGCCACGCGAAGCAGCUAUCGAACGCUGGGAGUGAGGUAGAGCGAGAUGGCCGGGAUCGACUAUCCUGGGCAAGCUUCCAGAGAUGGACAGGGCGGAAUGGGAACGGAACAGGCAGCAAUGGCAAUGUCAAGGCCGGUUCAUUUUCCCCGCCCAACCGUGCCUCGGCCAGCAUGGAACAACUUCAUCAGCAACCGCACACAUCUCCACAACGUUCGAAUACCAUGACUCAACCAUCGACGCGGCCACGGAAGGGUACCACCAGCAGUGCACAUAGCGCACAUAGCACACAUAGCGAUUUCGUGGCCUUUCACAAGGAUACGUUUAUGAAAGGAGUCGAUAAGGAAGCGAAGCCAUUUAUGUCUGCAUUCACAGAGUCGCAGGCGUUUGCCCAAUUUAUCCAGGAUCGAAUGGAUCGCUCGCCCGGCGAUCCAGAAAUUAUGUUUUUCGAUGAAGUGAUUAAGGCCAAGAUUAAUCGCUCCCGGUUCAGGAUCGGCAAGGAGGAUACAAAGUUUUUGGACGAUCCAAGCUAUGGAGUUCAGGGAACUGUCAAGGCUCCUCUACCCUCAGGCGAGAUCCAAAUUCAUGAUAAUGAUGAACGACGAUUCCCUACCAAGUUGGACCCAGCAUAUCUUUAGAAUAUGUAUUUAUUAAAUACCAUGAUGGGUAAAAAAGAAUAAAUGGAUCG